GUACAGGGAAGGAGAGGAAGAGAAAUACAAUUCAUAGACAAACAAAUUCCUGCCUCAAGGAGACUACAGGACAGUCUGUCACAUAACUUUAUGCAUGGCGGGCAGCAGCUUUGAGGCUGAGUUCCUACAGAGUCACAAUGUAUACCGCAGACAGCAUGGAGCGCCGCCCCUCACCAUAAACAAAAACCUGUGCCGCUCCGCACAGGCAUGGGCGGAGCAUCUGCUGUCAAUCACGACCCUCAAACACAGCAACAAGGACUACGGAGAAAAUCUGUAUUAUGCUUGGAGUUCAGCUACCAAAAAACUCACAGGACAUGAAGCAGUGGAAAACUGGUACAGUGAAAUUAAAGACUUCAACUUCGGCAGGCCUGGAUUUUCCUCCAAAACAGGUCACUUCACACAGGUGGUCUGGAAGGACACUAAAGAGGUGGGAGUUGGACUGGCCACUGAUGGGAACACAACUUUUGUUGUGGGUCAGUACCUACCAGCUGGAAACAUCACAAAUGCAGGUUAUUUUGAAAAAAAUGUCCUACCGGCGGGCACCAAAGUAGACUCAAGGUCCACUGGUACAACUGACAAAGUGGAACAAGUGCAUGGUGCAUCAGGCAUAAAUUCAAAGCAAGCACCUUCAGUGCCUCGCAGUACUGAAAUAUCACCACCCGGGGACCGAGGAGAACAUCAUGUGGGAAGCAGCUUAAAGGCAGACAGCAGCUUUGAGGCUAAAUUCCUGCAGACUCACAAUGCAUAUCGCAAACAGCAUGGAGCCCCACCCCUCACCAUAAACAAAAACCUGUGCCGCUCCUCACAGGAGUGGGCCGAAUACCUGCUGUCAAUCAGGACCCUCAUGCAUAGUAGUGGAGAGUAUGGAGAGAAUGUGUAUUACGCUUGGAGCUCAGCUAGCAAAAGACUCACAGGACGUGAGGCAGUGGAAAGCUGGUACAGUGAAAUUAAAGACUACAACUUCAGCAGGCCUGGAUUCACCUCCAAAACAGGUCACUUCACACAGGUGGUCUGGAAGGACACUAAAGAGGUGGGAGUUGGACUGGCCACUGAUGGGAACACAACUUUUGUUGUGGGUCAGUACCUACCAGCUGGAAACAUCACAAAUGCAGGUUAUUUUGAAAAAAAUGUCCUACCGGCGGGCACCAAAGUAGACUCAAGGUCCACUGGUACAACUGACAAAGUGGAACAAGUGCAUGGUGCAUCAGGCAUAAAUUCAAAGCAAGCACCUUCAGUGCCUCGCAGUACUGAAAUAUCACCACCCGGGGACAAAGGAGAACAUCAUGUGGGAAGCAGCUUAAAGGCAGACAGCAGCUUUGAGGCUAAAUUCCUGCAGACUCACAAUGCAUAUCGCAAACAGCAUGGAGCCCCACCCCUCACCAUAAACAAAAACCUGUGCCGCUCCUCACAGGAGUGGGCCGAAUACCUGCUGUCAAUCAGGACCCUCAUGCAUAGUAGUGGAGAGUAUGGAGAGAAUGUGUAUUACGCUUGGAGCUCAGCUAGCAAAAGACUCACAGGACGUGAGGCAGUGGAAAGCUGGUACAGUGAAAUUAAAGACUACAACUUCAGCAGGCCUGGAUUCACCUCCAAAACAGGUCAUUUCACACAGGUGGUGUGGAAAGACACAAAGGAGGUGGGGGUUGGACUGGCCACUGAUGGGAACACAACUUUUGUGGUGGGUCAGUACCUCCCAGCAGGAAAUAUCAGCAAUGCUGGAUAUUUUGAAAGAAAUGUUCUACCAGCAGGCUCCAAAGCAGACUUCAAAUCCACUCCAUCUGGCGAGUCUGCUGACAGAGUUGGACAAGCACUUGCUGCUCUCAGCAUCAAGUCAAACCAAUCGCCUUCAUCAUCUCACACUUCUGGACCAGCACCACGUAAGAGUCAGUGUCCACAGAGCAGCAGUUCAGAAGGUGAGAACUUGUCCCAGUUUCGUCAGUCUCUCCUUGAAGUGCAAAAUGAUUACAGGCGGCAACAUGGAGCACGGCCUCUGUCACUGUGCCCCAUUCUCAGUAAAGAGGCUCAGGAUUGGGCAGCACAUCUGAUUAGCAUUAACGCCCUAAAGAACAGCAGCAAAGGUUAUGGAGAGACUAUGUCAUACAAAUGGACAUCCACCAUGGUGCCUCCAACAGGAAAUGAGGUUGCUGAAUCAUGGUACAAGGAAAAUGUGAAGUACAACUUUGCAGCCCCUGGCUUUCAGAAUGGAACUGGUAACUUCACCCAGAUGAUCUGGGGGUCUACAGAGCAGGUUGGGGUCGGCCUGGCAUCAGAUGGAAAGGGCAAAUUCAUCACUGUGGCCUUUUACAAACCUUCUGGCAACAUCACCAACCCUGGCUACUUCCAGGAUAAUGUCAAACCUGCUGGGAGGUGAUCUGUUGAAUAAGAUUAUUCAGUCAGUUAUACAGUCUUAUGCAUUUUAUUAAUGUGAUUUUUUAAAAAAGUGAUCCAAGAUAUUACUUGUAUGUUAACAGAAAGUCAAUCAUCUAAAUAUAUUGCAUAUACAAAUACUCAAUUGAC